AUGGUGAAGACGUUUCAGGCAUACCUGCCCUCAUGUCAUCGCACCUACAGCUGCAUCCACUGCAGAGCACAUCUCGCCAAUCACGACGAACUCAUCUCAAAGGCAAGUCCACCAUCUGAUGGCCUGAUGUCCUUUCAGGGCAGUCAGGGCCGCGCCUACCUCUUCAACUCAGUGGUUAACGUCGGGUGCGGUACGGCUGAGGAGAGGGUGCUGUUGACGGGACUGCACGCCGUGGCAGACAUUUACUGCGAGUGCUGUAAGACGACCCUCGGCUGGAAAUAUGAACACGCGUUUGAGUCUUCCCAGAAGUACAAGGAGGGGAAAUACAUCAUAGAGUUGGCGCAUAUGAUCAAAGAGAAUGGUUGGGAUCACGAGAAGAUGCGCCGAUAG